AUGAGGCAACUUACUGAGGAAGAGACGAGGGUUGUUUUUGAGAAAUUGGCUGGUUACAUUGGCAGAAACAUCAAGUUUUUGAUUGGCAACAAAGAACAGCCAUUCGUAUUCAGAUUGCAGAAAGACCGCGUAUACUACAUCCCUGAUCAUGUAGCAAAAUUGGCCACAUCAGUGGCGAGACCAAAUUUAAUGUCGGUUGGGAUCUGCCUCGGAAAGUUCACCAAGACCGGUAAGUUUCGCGUUCACGUGACCGCUCUUGGAGUGCUUGCCCAACAUGCCAGAUACAAGAUAUGGAUCAAGCCCAACGGUGAGAUGCCCUUUCUGUAUGGCAACCAUGUUCUGAAAGCGCACGUCGGUAAAAUGUCAGAAGAUAUUCCCGAACAUGCGGGUGUUAUCGUGUAUUCUAUGCACGACGUGCCACUUGGAUUCGGAGUAAGUUCUAAAAGCACGUCAGAGGCCAGAGAUAUGCAGCCCACGGGUAUCGUAGCGUUUAGGCAAGCUGACAUUGGAGAAUAUUUGAGAGACGAGGACACGCUUUUCACAUGA